CUAGUAUGGCGCUACGCGCUCUCAUACACGGCUAUCCGAACCACGAUGAAUCCCUCGAGCAUCACGUCCGUAAAUACGCGACGACCUCGUGAAUAUUUGCGCGCGAACCGAUAAUCAUCGUAAUCCUUAUUUUCCAUCGUUCCUUCGCGUUCCGGUAUCUUCCUUUUUUUUUCUCUCUCUCUCUCUCUCUCUCCCCCUCUCACCCUCGCAUCAACCAAUCGCUUGCUUUCUCUAUGGUCACGCGAUGAUCUUCAAGCAUCACCGAUCGUAGUUAUACAAAGCUUCAAUAUUUCCCGCAGUGCUCGAGACCUCUCGGUGAUGUUACUUUCCUUUUGUUCCUUUCAACCUUCUUCUUUCUCCCUCCCCCUUUUCUGUUGACAAACAAACUCGACAUUUCGCUGUUUCAUUGUUCUUCGGUAACGACAAAUAACAUUCAUCGUUUGGACUCCGUCAAUUCUAUUUCUAUUGUAUAUUAAUGUACUAAAAAGUGAUGUAUGAAUGGAAAAAGAUAAUUUUUUUAGAUACUUGCUAUACCGAUAGCAAGUUUCAGAUAAGAACGACGAAUCCGUCGGUCGAAAGAAGAAUGGUAUGAGAACCGUGAGAAGAAAAAAAAGGCCCUGAAUACAGAAUUCGAAUAGAAAAUCGGAGAAGGAAAAAGCGUAACCACCACCUCGUGGUAUCAUCACGAACGACGAGCUCACACGGAAGUGCGGUUUGGAGGUGAUCAACGACGCGAGAUUCUGACGCCGUUUCAAGUAUUUCGAUGCACCAAGUGAAGAGAGAUCCGUUUAUUUCUUUCGACGAGAUAAGUCCGAGGCUUAUCAGAGAUAUCUUCGUACCAGUGAUUGCCCAGUCGCUUUGUGCGAGACAAGUGUGCAAGGAAAAAGAGAGUGAAAAAACGCGAGGACGGGGUGGUGAUAAACGUAUCUUUGGUAAAUACUGCAAAAAGCAAUAGCGGCAAACCACGUCACGAUCGAUCGAAGAAAAAGGUGCCGAGGGAAAACAACGUGAUACACGGAAACGGACAAAUGAAUAAAGGCGGGUAACAAGUUUGGAAACAAGUUAUAUAUCCAAAAUGGCAUGUCCAUUUUCACGUGGCUUUGCGAAAACGCGUUCCGAAGACGAGAAUAUAAAUUCUGAAUCAACAAAAACCCUCUCAAAGGAGGAUGAAGCGUCGCGGAGCGAAAGAACGAGGAAAACAGAUCGAGCUAAGCCAUCCAGGCAAUCCUCGGUACAGAUCACAUCCUCCUUGCUCGGUGAAGAGAUCGAGGAAGAGGAGGAUACCCAAACCCUCAACCUUAAACAUUUGAGAGCCGCGGUUCUCGUACUCACUAAUCCAUCGAAUGAAGUGAUGGCGGUAGCGCUGAGUGUCCUCUUGAGUAAGGACGAGGUUUCACUUUCAAUUUCUGAACCCUUAGAAGAGCUCCUGACGAACCUCGAGAAUGAGGAAAACUACAAUCUACUUAAGGACAUUUACGAGACUCUUAACUACGAUUGCGAUGUGGACGUUAACGAGUUUCUCGAUCAUUUGGGACAGGAAUUGAUAUCAACUGCUUGCGUCGGGAUCCUCGAGCGAGCUUUUCGUUGCCUCGGAAAUGACCUGACUGCAUUUCUAACGACCCUCGACGGAGUUAACGAUGUGGUACAGCAUCAAUCGGGUUCGGAGAACGAGGCAGAAUUUGUCUGUAUCGCAACGCCGGAAGCUCUUGAAUUACAUUUUACAACUGACCACCCGUCCAUCGCGUAUCUUCUCGUCGGAAGUCUCAAGGCUAUUGCCAGUCAAUUUUAUAACGACAAAGCUGACGUGUACAUAUUGCCUGAUCCAUACAACACCAAAUUCUUCAGAUAUCGUAUAACCCCGGAGCGUUACGAAGAACGGUUGCUGCCAAAGGACGAAACUGAUGAUGAUUACGAUGUAGUGACGUCACAGCUCCGUCCACUGUCCCUCGAGGCUGCCGAUCUUCGAAUGGGGGUCGCAAGUUUCUGCAAGGCUUUCCCUUGGCAUUUCGUGGUCGAUCGACAUCUCGAACUCGUUCAGCUCGGUGUCGGUUUCAUGCGAAUAUUUGGACAAUAUCUUAACAGGCUCGGCCGUGAGAUAUCGACCUAUUUCGUUUUUACAAGACCACGAGGCGUUAACCUCACCUUUCACGAGAUUUUAAAACGUGCGAACACGCCCUUCGUACUUGCCCUGCAAAAGCCCCAAGGCGCCGAUAAAUUUCUUGCCGAGGGACUGGAACUGAAAGGUCAAAUGGUCCAUUGUCCAGAAUCGGACUCGAUAUUAUUCGUCAGUUCACCAUUUUUGAAUGGUCUUGAGGGACUCACCGGCAGAGGACUUUUCAUAUCUGACAUUCCGUUGCACGAUGCAACCAGAGAUGUUAUUUUAGUCGGAGAACAAGCAAGAGCUCAGGAUGGAUUGAGAAGACGCAUGGACAAAUUAAAAAGUUCAAUUGAGGAAGCAAAUCGUGCGGUCGAUGCUGAGAGAGAAAAAAAUGUCAGUCUUCUUCAUCUUAUUUUCCCACCGGACAUCGCGAAACGUUUAUGGCUUGGCGAGACGAUCGAGGCUAAAACGUACCCCGAUGUAACGAUGCUUUUUAGCGAUAUUGUCGGAUUUACGGCAAUUUGCUCAACCGCAACUCCUAUGAUGGUCAUCAACAUGCUCCAGAAUCUUUACGAACGUUUUGAUCGAUUUUGCGGCCAGUUGGACGUUUACAAGGUGGAGACGAUAGGUGAUGCGUAUUGUGUUGCGUGCGGGCUUCACAAAAAUACCAACACUCACGCGGAACAAAUUGCGUGGAUGGGUCUGAUGAUGAUACAAACGUGUUCUCAGCAUCUGACGCAUGAGGGCAAGCCUAUCAAGAUGCGCAUAGGGAUUCAUACUGGUAUGGUGCUCGCGGGAGUGGUUGGAAAAAAAAUGCCGAGGUACUGCCUGUUUGGACACAACGUAACGAUUGCCAACAAAUUCGAAUCGACGAGUGAACCACUUCGGGUCAACAUAAGUCCCACCACUUACGAUUGUCUAAUUCAGAGGCCAGGAUUUAUUUUUGAGGAGCGGACCAAGGAUCAUCUUCCGAAGGAGAUGCCAACCAAUAUAAGUGGAACUUGUCAUUUUCUCAAUGAUUACAAGCAUCCAGACAUCGGCGAUGAUGACCCAUUGGAAAUUCAUAUUCAAGCGGCGAUCAAGGAAUUAGACAUCACCGGAAGUGUGUAGAAACACUUUGAUCAUCGUUCCAUAACGCAUAUAUAUUUUAAAAAUUACAACAAUAAAAAUGUAUGAUUGGCAAGAAGAAAUGUGUAUCUGCGAAGAAAAUAAAACGUCACAAGAUCGAAUAAAGACUCGAGUUCACGAA